AUGGACUCCGAUCCAGCGUACAGCGACACGGAUGUGCCGAUGAACUCACGGUCGAUGGCUCACCAGCUCGAAUCUCCGAUGGUCUCAAAUCAUGACUCGAUCCCCUCUUUCCACAAUACCCCGACCCGCUCCCUCAGCGCCUCCAAGAAUGCCGUCACACCGAUUCCUGCAAACCUACUGCCGUCAGCUCCUGCGUCACCCCCGACGCCGGCGCCCAGUCCGACUCCGCAUCAACGACUCGCGAACUGGCAAUCGAGCGACGAAGAAGAAAAUGCCUUCCUGGUGAAUCUGCGCAUCCACUUCAGUACGCUCACCAACACCCGCAAACAGAAGUUGCUGGAGAGUCUAUUGGAUGGAUGUGACAGUCAACAGUUGAGCUUUGUCUCGAGUUAUGUUGGCCCGAGGUUACGAAAGGACCCCUUCCAAGUGUUCCCCAACGAGCUGUGUCUACGAGUUCUGUCCUUCAUCGACGACCCGAAAACCCUCGCCCGAUCCUCACAGGUCUCCCGUCGCUGGCGGGAACUGCUCAACGACGAUAUCACAUGGAAGAAUCUCUGCGUGAAGCACGCGUACUCUGUACGGCGCAUCUCAGGCGACGGCGAGCUGGACUCGCUCACCACCACACGGUCUGCCGAACCAAUCGUCGACUCGCGCGCCAUGGCCAGUUUGCGCCGCUUGACGGCAUCGACAGAACACGCGGCCCCGAGACAGGCUCCCGGCCUACCCCGCACUCUCUCGGGAGAGUGGCUGCCUCCGAGCAGCCUCUCCUCUCGACGACGUCGAGCGCGACCCAUCUCAUACCGAUCGCAAUUUAAGCAGAAAUACAUGGUUGAGUCAGCGUGGAAGAAGGGCGGCAGAUGUACACAGCGCCAUAUUACUCCUGACCAGGGCGUUGUGACGAGUCUGCAUCUGACAUCAAAGUACAUCGUGGUCGCGUUGGACAACGCCAAGAUUCAUGUCUACGACACCAACGGAGAUAACCAAAAGACUCUGGAGGGCCAUGUGAUGGGUGUGUGGGCAAUGGUUCCGUGGGACGACAUUUUGGUCAGCGGAGGCUGCGACCGAGAGGUUCGCGUGUGGAACAUGGCGACGGGAGUGGGAAUCCAUUUGUUACGUGGGCACACAUCCACCGUGCGAUGCCUCAAAAUGUCCGACCGAAACACUGCCAUCUCGGGCUCAAGAGAUACAACCCUACGAAUUUGGGAUCUGGCCACGGGAACAUGCCGCAAUGUUCUGGUGGGGCACCAGGCGAGUGUGCGAUGUCUGGCCAUCCAUGGAGAUCUUGUGGUCUCGGGUAGUUACGAUACCACGGCUCGCAUAUGGAAUAUAUCCCAAGGUCGCUGUGUGCGUACCUUGUCGGGUCACUUUAGUCAAAUUUACGCCAUCGCUUUUGAUGGGCGGCGUAUCGCAACGGGGAGCUUGGACACCAGCGUGCGCAUCUGGGACCCACAUUCUGGACAAUGCCAUGCCAUCCUGCAAGGGCAUACCUCCCUGGUCGGACAAUUACAGAUGCGCGGCGAUACGCUGGUCACCGGCGGAUCGGAUGGAUCUGUUCGCGUUUGGUCGCUGACCAAGAUGGCCCCCAUUCAUCGACUGGCCGCUCACGAUAAUAGUGUGACAAGUCUGCAAUUCGACCAUACCAGAAUUGUAAGCGGAGGCAGUGAUGGCCGGGUCAAGGUUUGGAGUCUGGCGACGGGUCAGCUGCUGCGAGAAUUGAGUAGUCCCGCUGAGGCUGUCUGGAGAGUGGCAUUCGAAGAAGAGAAGGCCGUCAUCAUGGCGAGCCGAUCUGGUCGAACUGUCAUGGAGGUUUGGUCAUUCUCCCCGCCCCCUGAAGACGGCGAAGAUGGUGUAGCCGUGGAGAGCGCGUCCAGCACACCGGAGAUGGGCUCAGUCCACGACAACGGGCUUGCAUUUGACGCCCGAUCUCGCACUCUGAUUUUAGAUCCCUCGCCCAGAGUUCUGUCUUCUGGGGAUGACGAUCAGGCCAUGACCGACGUGGCGCUAUAA